AACUGAAAAAAAUGUCUCUCCGAUGAGCGUCCUGCUUGGGCUCACUGAGUCUCUCUUUUACCAAAAUACUAUUUCAGUCUGAGAAAAGACUCCUUGUUUUUGUUUUUUAACCGGAAAACGAAACCUUACAAACGUGGCCGGACUGGCCGCCUAUCUCCUUCCCCCCGUUGGUCACUGGUCUGUCCCAAGAUGGAGGGCACGGCCCGGGGGCGCUGAGGCCUGACCCGCGUGGGAGCGAGUGGGGUUCGGGACACCGGGAGCGGCGGGGGACAGCGCCAUGCCUCACAAGAAGAAAAAACCCUUCAUAGAGAAGAAGAAAGCAGUAACAUUUCACUUAGUGCACCGAAGUCAGAGGGAUCCUCUUGCUGCUGAUGAUACUGCACCCCAGAGAGUUCUACUGCCCACACAGAAAGGGCAUGAGGAGCAAAGAAGAGAAGAGCAGCGCAAGUAUGGUGUCUUCUUUGAUGAUGACUAUGACUACUUGCAGCACCUCAAAGAAGCCUCUGGUCCCUCUGAGCUUGUCCCAUCUGUGCGUGGACAGCAAAGCAGAAUUGUCAUCACAAGUGAGGGGCACAUAGAAGAUGAAAUUCAGAGAAUUUCAGCUCCAUCCAUUAAGUUGCCUUCCUCGGUAUUUGCCACAGAGUUUGAAGAGGACGUGGGCUUGUUAAAUAAAGCUGCUCCUGUUUCAGGACCACGGCUAGAUUUUGAUCCAGAUAUUGUUGCAGCUCUUGAUGAUGAUUUUGACUUUGACAAUCCAGAAAAUAUCCUGGAAGAUGAUUUUGUUCUACAAGCAAAUAAACCACAGAGGCGGGGACCAGAUGCUGAGGAUGAGGAUGAAUGGGAAGAUAUGGAAGAUGAUAGUGAUGAAAAGGAUAGCUGCAGUACUGAUAAAGACUAUGAUUCAGAAGGUCCUUUGUCAGAUGAUGAGGUUAAUGGACCAACAAAGGAAUUCCUUUUUAUGCAAGAAGAAACCAGGAGUCGUUUCACCGAAUAUUCUAUGUCAUCUUCAGUAAUAAGACGAAAUGAGCAGUUAACCCUGUUGGAUGACAGAUUUGAGAAGUUUUAUGAACAAUUUGAUGAAGAUGAGAUUGGAGCCUUAGAUAAUGUGGAGUUAGAAGGUUACAUUAACACAGACAAUGCUCGGUUGCAGGAAGUCCUGGAUGAUUACUACAAAGAGAAAGCAAAGAAUUGUGUGAAAAUGGAUGCUCUUGAACCUGAUGAAGAUUUGGACUCUCCUGCAAAUGAAGAAAGUGAGGAAGAAAAGGAAGAAAUAGUAACUGUAGUUAUUGAGGAGUCAAAAGAAAAGUGGGAUUGUGAAUCCAUUUUGAGUACCUAUUCAAACUUGUAUAAUCACCCAACACUUAUUAAGGAGCCAUCAAAGCCCAAGCCAAUAAAAAUUUCUCAGAAGACUGGAAUUCCCCUACACAUCUUGCCUCAGAGAGGUCUCACUGCUAAGCAGGUGGAACGCAUGCAAAUGAUAAAUGGCAGUGACCUGCCAAAAGCAUCAACACAGCCUCGUUCCAAAGCUGAGAGCAAAGAGGAUCGCAAAGCCAGAAAACAGGCAAUAAAAGAGGAGCGAAAGGAACGCAGAAUGGAGAAGAAAGCCAACAAGCUGGCCUUCAAACAGGAGAAAACAAGACAAGAGAAAGAGUUGCUCAAUCUGAAACAAAAUGUGCAAGGUCUGAAGCUGUCCUGAUGAAACUGUGGAGACAACCCUAAUUUUUCAUUUGUAUUGAGAAGGGAACUGCUGACUCACACUUCUGCCAGUCCUGCUCAAAGGGGGUUGUUCAAAUCUCACUAACAAGAUCCUGUAACUUGUCACUUUUUCUGAAGUGAAAUUCUAUAUAAAAUAAGGUACUGGCAAUAUCUAUUCUGUCAUGAGUGACAUGGCAACUGCUGCAAACUUUCAUUACAGUAAAAGUGUAUUAAAAUUAUGAAUAUUUUUCCUACAAGUUAUCACUGAACAGAGUUAUAUAUGUAAUUGUUGAAUGUAUUCAACAAAUCAGCAAUACAGAUUUGAUCUGAUUAGAUUCUUCUAUUAAAUUAUUUCAGUUUACAAAACAGUAUUUUCAUUUAUGUCUUCUCCCUCUUAUACUGAUGGUUGAAUAUAGUUCCUUGCUAUGAUACAGUUUUGUAAGUCAAGGAAUUUACACCCACUCCUUGGUUCUUAUUUUUGGGUAGGUUAUUUAUUGUUUUGGUACUAUGAUGGAAGCCUUUUGUAAACAAAGGUGUCUGGAAAGCUGUUUUGUAGCUAGAUGUCCCUGUUACCUAAUGUGAGUUUUACAUUUCCUGGCAAAUAAAAUCCGUCACAAGGAGUGUUGUAGUUACAGCACUCAGUGACUGUUAAUGUUGCCAUUGGAAUUGGCUUUGCUGGAAGUACUCAGUGUGAGCAGGAUGGCAAACAAACAGCAGAUACUUGGAUAAAUAGUUUGUGUUUGCAGAUAGUCACUGUCUUAGUGUUUCUGGAAUAUCUUCCUCAGGUCUUGUGUUAAAUUUGGUUUAAUUGGAAUACAAACUUAGUACCCACUACUGCUGUUGUAAAAACUUCCUAAAGGUGAGCUGAGGGCCAAAAUCUGUAGGUUUGGGGUGAACUUAAAUAUUUAUACUGUGAACAUGAGUUAUUUUGAUUGUGACUGGUCCAUAAUGUGAAUGAAAUUUAUAGGAUUUGUAGUCAGUUCUGAAUCCUUCUGUAUUCGUAAAAAACCCCUCGGGUUCAUGUCUGUAUGUUACAGACAGAGAAAUCUGCCUUUAUGUGAAAAGUUAGCCUUUUUACUGGAAGGGACGUGGUAACAAACACAUCAGUGGAGUGGCCUGACUGCUGGUGGAUUCAAAGCAUCUUCAAUAUUCCUCCAAUAGUUUUGUGAAUAAUAGAUGGAGACAAGCUAACAGGGACUGAUGAAGUCUUUUAAUGUACAGAAACAAUUCAAAAUACCUGUUUCUAUUGGAAGAAGGCUUUUAUGAUAUAUUUUAAUUGGUAAAGUAACAGUUUUGCAGGGGGAAAUAGAGGCAUUUGAAUCUGCACCUCUUGUCACUGCUCAGAAAGCUAAAGUAUCACUUCAGUAUACACAUCUAGAUUAAGCCUUCAUUUUCUACUACUGUCUGAUAACAGAAUCAAUAGAAACAAUCUGUAAGAUUAGAAAAAGUUUCAGGAUUUUCCUUUAGCUGAUACCUGUACUAGUUUUCAUGUGUUUGACAAGCUUCAGCUGUGUCUGCCUGUGUCAUAAUUGCCAAUUGUGUAAUCACUGAUUCUAUGGUAACUGGAAUACUGACCACUCGGUACUCCUGACAACAAAACAGAAAAGGAAAUCUGAGCAGCAGUUCUGGUGAGAUGAGUCAGACACCAGGAAAUAAGUUCAAUGGAACAACCAACUGUGAUGUCACUGUGAAAGCACAUACCUAAGCAGUCAUGUGGAAAACAGAACGCUGCCUCUCACAGCAAAGGAGAGCCUUGUCAGAACAGGAUCAAUCAGGAGGGAGCUCUGCAAAAGGGAACCCUGAGCCCAGAACUCCCCACUCUCCCCUGAAGUUCCAGGUGUCCCUGCUGAACACCUACUGAAGCCAGUUGAACGUUCAUGCUGCUCUCAAAGCUUUACACAGCAGAGGGACAUGGAGUUUUGUGAAGAAAAAGCUGGCUGUCAUGCUGCAAACUCCACCAGAAAGGCUUUGGACAAGCAAACACUGACUGAGAAAAGGACUCCAACAUUAACACUUUCUGUGUCAGCACUUCUGGAGAGAGGACAAAAAGACAAACAGACUUCUUCAGAUAUAAUGAAGAAAACAGGAAAAUCUGUGUCAAUGUCUGCUGUGAAAAAUUCUCCAGGAAAGUUUGGACCACAAGCGGACAACAGAAAAAAAGAGUGACUGGUUGACAAGGACGUGUUAAGGCUUCCUUCUGACACGUUAUGGAGGAUCUUAAGCAACACAAUUUUUCAGCACCACUUCCCCCCGGAAUGUUACAGCUACCAAUAAAAUAAGCAAGCUGCAAUUCACUG